AUGAAUUCUUCACAAAGCUCAUUUACUGAUCUUAACGAUUAGGCUUUAGUAUACUAAAAUCUUCAAUCCAUUGAACCAGAAUAUCUAUCUUUGAAGCUCAAAUUACAUUUCAAAACUCUACCCAAUUUUGAUGACUUUAUCAAACUUUAUGAGUCAUCCAAGAUUGGUUGUGACGAAGCUUGGAAUCAAAAUGAAGAGAUUUUCUUAUAACUCGUUGUCUUGAGUCUAAAUCCUAGAUGCAUAAAGAAUCGCUUCGACUGGGAGAAGGUCCAAAAGUUAAUGCCAAAGCAAAGGAGUCUGUCAGAAUUGUGCUUUAAAUUCUAAUCUUUCUAUAAAGCACAACUUCCCAGACAACCUUGGUCUUCCUUUGAGGAUAAAACUUUGUUGCAAAUCAUUUUGGACAACACCAGUCGUUGUAAGAAAAAGUGGAGCUCUAUUGCUAAUCAAUACAAUCUAAUCUGUAAAUCUGAAAUUCUUAGAAAUGCUAAACAAUGCCGAGAGAGAUGGAACAACAAACUUGAUCCAUAGAUUAAUAGAGAACCAUGGUCUAGAUCUGAGGAGUUACACUUUCUUCAAUUGCUUCUUCAGAAUGGACGAAGGUGGGCUGACAUAUCUUUAAAAUUGUCAAUGAUCACCAAAUACAAGAGAAGAACUGAAUUUGCUCUUAAACACAAAUUCAAAUAGCUCUAGAAAUACUAUGGUCACAAAGCCAAAAGACUCAAUAAGACUGAUUUCGAGAUCAGUCCUCGUUGGAACAUUCAGGAAAUUGAUAUGGUCCUAUCCAAAAUAGAGAUACUCUAAGAAAAAUAAAAAAAGAUGCUAACUCAAGAAUAUUCUUUUUGUGAAUUUUUGAGUUUGGAUUCUGAUUUUUCCUUAGUGGUAAUCAAAAACGGAUGCUUGAUAAAACUAUGAUGAUUUCUGUUGAUCUAACAAUUAUAAUAUAUAUAUUUAAAUAUAAUAUAAAUGAAAAAAGC